ACAAAAGAAAAAUAGAUAUUUCUGAAGAAAGGUCAACUGCAGAGAAUUUGGGAUGGCGAAAUCUUCAAGAAACACACGCUUUAGUUUCUCUAAACUCAGGAGAAAUCCAUCAGCAGCUGACAGGAGGUUCUGCAUGACGUGGAUCAGCAAGAUGGUAAAAAGACAAGUGGAGAAGCAAACUGCAGAACUGCGUAGAGAGUUUUCUCUCAUGAAUCAGGCCCUGAGAGAGGAGAUGGCAGCUGAGCUUCAGGAACAGCUGAGAGAACUAUUGUUAGAAGAAACAGACAAGACACCAUCGUGCUGCAGCAAGCUGGGCUCGGACCUGAGGUUGGCAUCGAGGUGGCAAAGGGAAAUGGCGGGAGGAUUCGAAAACACUGAUGAAGACUACGAAGAUGGGGAGAUACCAAAAACAUUAGUCUUUUCUGAAACACGCAAUGACACAAACAGCAUGUUCAUAUUGAGGAAAAGCCUGAAAGAGGAAUCCUUAAAGAUUUCAUUGACCAGUGAUUCCAGUGAAACUGACUCAACAGAAAUCAGAAACAUCUCCAAAGAUGUACAAGCGAAGCCAGACUCAGGUAAAUGCAAGCAACAGAAAAAUCAGAGCUCUUCCUCAGAUGUCACGCCUACCGGGGACAGCACUACGAAUCCCUUCUGCACUAAGCAAAGCCUCAUUUCCAGUGAAUUCAGCCAUGAGGAUGAGGAUGAAAUGGUCCAUGGAGAUACCGGAAAAGAGGAAGAGGCUUCGAUGAUGGACAACCAGUGGAAGGAAUGGUUGGACAAGCAGGAAAUGAAAGGAUACAGCCACAAAAAAAAGCCAGUUGAAAGUCAAAGGAAUAUGGAAAAACAGGGAGCGGCAGCAUCUGGUGUAUCAGAGAAAAAAAAGGAUCAAAACUUGAAAAGGGGUGACACUAUGAUGAGAUUUAAGACGUAUAUCAGUGAUGUCUUUAGCUCUCAUUCAUCGCAUAAGUGGAUGAAGUUUGAAAAUGAGGGUGGAAGCUCAUGAAAAACAA